UUGUGGAGGCCAGGUCAUCUGAUGCAGCACUCCAUCACUCUCCUUCUUGGUCAAAUAGCCCUUACACAGCCUGGAGGUGUGUUAUGGGUAAUUGUCCUGAGAGUACCUCGUCUUGGUCAAAUAGCCCUUAAACAGCCUGGAGGUGUGUUAUGGGUAAUUGUCCUGAGAGUACCUCGUCUUGGUCAAAUAGCCCUUAAACAGCCUGGAGGUGUGUUAUGGGUAAUUGUCGUGAGAGUACCUCGUCUUGGUCAAAUAGCCCUUAAACAGCCUGGAGGUGUGUUAUGGGUAAUUGUCCUGAGAGUACCUCGUCUUGGUCAAAUAGCCCUUAAACAGCCUGGAGGUGUGUUAUGGGUAAUUGUCGUGAGAGUACCUCGUCUUGGUCAAAUAGCCCUUAAACAGCCUGGAGGUGUGUUAUGGGUAAUUGUCCUGAGAGUACCUCGUCUUGGUCAAAUAGCCCUUAAACAGCCUGGAGGUGUGUUAUGGGUAAUUGUCCUGAGAGUACCUCGUCUUGGUCAAAUAGCCCUUAAACAGCCUGGAGGUGUGUUAUGGGUAAUUGUCGUGAGAGUACCUCGUCUUGGUCAAAUAGCCCUUAAACAGCCUGGAGGUGUGUUAUGGGUAAUUGUCCUGAGAGUACCUCGUCUUGGUCAAAUAGCCCUUAAACAGCCUGGAGGUGUGUUAUGGGUAAUUGUCGUGAGAGUACCUCGUCUUGGUCAAAUAGCCCUUAAACAGCCUGGAGGUGUGUUAUGGGUAAUUGUCCUGAGAGUACCUCGUCUUGGUCAAAUAGCCCUUAAACAGCCUGGAGGUGUGUUAUGGGUAAUUGUCGUGAGAGUACCUCGUCUUGGUCAAAUAGCCCUUAAACAGCCUGGAGGUGUGUUAUGGGUAAUUGUCCUGAGAGUACCUCGUCUUGGUCAAAUAGCCCUUAAACAGCCUGGAGGUGUGUUAUGGGUAAUUGUCCUGAGAGUACCUCGUCUUGGUCAAAUAGCCCUUAAACAGCCUGGAGCCCUUAAACAGCUACAGAUACAGCUGGUGGUCAGGGGAAACACUGAGAGAGGUUGGGGUGAGAGCCAGGGACAGCUACAGGGACAGCUACAGGUACAGAUACAGCUGGUGGUCAGGAGAAACACGGAGAGAGGUUGGGGUGAGAGCCAGGGACAGCUACAGGUACAGAUACAGCUGGUGGUCAGGAGAAACACGGAGAGAGGUUGGGGUGAGAGCCAGGGACAGCUACAGGUACAGAUACAGCUGGUGGUCAGGAGAAACACGGAGAGAGGUUGGGGUGAGAGCCAGGGACAGCUACAGGUACAGCUGGUGGUCAGGGGAAACACAGAGAGAGGUUGGGGUGAGAGCCAGGGACAGCUACAGGUACAGAUACAGCUGGUGGUCAGGAGAAACACUGAGAGAGGUUGGGGUGAGAGCCAGGGACAGCUACAGGUACAGAUACAGCUGGUGGUCAGGAGAAACACUGAGAGAGGUUGGGGUGAGAGCCAGGGACAGCAUAGAUACAGAUACAGCUGGUGGUCAGGAGAAACACUGAGAGAGGUUGGGGUGAGAGCCAGGGACAGCUACAGGUACAGAUACAGCUGGUGGUCAGGAGAAACACGGAGAGAGGUUGGGGUGAGAGCCAGGGACAGCUACAGGUACAGAUACAGCUGGUGGUCAGGAGAAACACGGAGAGAGGUUGGGGUGAGAGCCAGGGACAGCUACAGGUACAGAUACAGCUGGUGGUCAGGAGAAACACGGAGAGAGGUUGGGGUGAGAGCCAGGGACAGCUACAGGUACAGCUGGUGGUCAGGGGAAACACAGAGAGAGGUUGGGGUGAGAGCCAGGGACAGCUACAGAUACAGAUACAGCUGGUGGUCAGGAGAAACACUGAGAGAGGUUGGGGUGAGAGCCAGGGACAGCUAUAGAUACAGAUACAGCUGGUGGUCAGGAGAAACACUGAGAGAGGUUGGGGUGAGAGCCAGGGACAGCUAUAGAUACAGGUACAGCUGGUGGUCAGGGGAAACACUGAGAGAGGUUGGGGUGAGAGCCAGGGACAGCUACAGGUACAGAUACAGCUGGUGGUCAGGGGAAACACUGAGAGAGGUUGGGGUGAGAGCCAGGGACAGCUACAGAUACAGCUGGUGGUCAGGGGAAACACUGAGAGAGGUUGGGGUGAGAGCCAGGGACAGCUACAGAUACAGAUACAGCUGGUGGUCAGGGGAAACACUGAGAGAGGUUGGGGUGAGAGCCAGGGACAGCUACAGGUACAGAUACAGCUGGUGGUCAGGGGAAACACUGAGAGAGGUUGGGGUGAGAGCCAGGGACAGCUACAGAUACAGAUACAGCUGGUGGUCAGGGGAAACACUGAGAGAGGUUGGGGUGAGAGCCAGGGACAGCUACAGAUACAGAUACAGCUGGUGGUCAGGGGAAACACUGAGAGAGGUUGGGGUGAGAGCCAGGGACAGCUACAGGUACAGAUACAGCUGGUGGUCAGGGGAAACACUGAGAGAGGUUGGGGUGAGAACCAGGGACAGCUACAGAUACAGAUACAGGUACAGAUACAGAUACAGCUAUAGCUACAGAUACAGAUACAGGUACAGAUACAGGUACAGAUACAGGAACACAGAGAGAGGUUGGGGUGAGAGCCAGGGACAGCUAUAGAUACAGAUACAGCUAUAGAUACAGAUACAGCUGGUGGUCAGGAGAAAAAC